AAUAUUAUCUUCCUACAACCCAAAUAAAAUCCCACCAUACAUAAUCACGCUUCCCUCAACAUCACCUUCUCCCAACCCCCCCUCUCAACCUUCUCGCAACAUAACUCAAGCCCAACUUCUCUCCUUCAUCCUUCUUCCUUCUUCCUCUUUCCAGUAAAUCUCUUCAAAUCAAAACUUCACAAUCCAUCACCGCCUAUCGUGAAAUGGAUUCCCACCUGAAGUGGGCCGAACCAGUCGUGCGUGUCCAAUCCCUCUCAGAAAGUGGCGCCACUCUUCUACCCCCACGAUACAUCAAACCCCCCGACCAACGCCCCACCGCUAUCAAUCAUAAUGAUGACUUCAACAUCCCAAUAAUCGACCUUAGCCCCACAAGCGACGCCAAAGCGAUCGCCACAGCAGUCUCGGCUGCCUGCAAGGAGUGGGGCGUUUUCCAGGCGGUAAACCAUGGAGUAAGCCCAGAUCUCCUGCACCGCGCUCGGAAACUAUGGCGUGCAUUCUUCCACCUCCCUAUGAAGUCCAAGGAAGCCUACGCUAACUCUCCGAAGACAUACGAAGGAUACGGUAGCAGAGUCGGGAUAGAGAAAGAUGCCAUCCUCGAUUGGGGGGACUACUUCUACCUCCACUACUUCCCUUUGUGUCUCAAAAACCAUGAUAAAUGGCUUGCCCUGCCUUCUUCGUUGAGGGAGAUGGUGGAUGAGUACGGGAAAGCGCCGGAGUUGGCUCUCGGGCUGUCGGCGCAUACGGAUCACGGUGGGAUUACUGUUCUUUUGCCGGAUGAGAAGGUUAGUGGUUUGCAGGUCAGGCAUAAAGGUGAGUGGGCUACAGUUCGGCCGGUCGCUGACGCUCUUAUUGUAAACGUUGGGGAUCAAGUUCAGGUAUUUGUUCUCAUAUUCUCUUGUUAAAAGGAGUAUGAACGGGCAGGAAAAGAGCAAGCACAACUCAGCUCUGUGCCGCUCGUUUAUAUUUGAAGGUAUUCAUAUUCGGCUCAUUUGCUUAGUGAGAGCUGUUCAUGAAUAAAGAAUCGAUUUGACAUUCUUAAUCAUGCAGUCAUAAGUCUUAAGGGUUGAAGCAAAAUUUAA